AUGGCCGCUCGCUUGCUCCAGCCUCUGAGUCUCUCUCUCCAUUCCGGCGAGGGUUCUGAUGGUCUGGGAAGCCCUACUGCCAAGAUAACAACUGGUGUGGUAGACCUGGCAAAUGUUAAUGCCACUAUCAAUAAUCAGAUUAAUUCCACACCACAGCACCACCACACAACUGCAGCUCCAACAACACCUGCCCCACUGGUGCCUGACACUAAUGUGACAAUUCUUAAUGGAGUCAAUGACACAACCUACAUCUGUGCAAAUAACAAUGGUGUAGUCAAAUUCUUCAGUGCUCUUCUGAACAACGGCAAGCUGACUCGCACACCGCUUAAAGUCAACAAUGUGAGGGGCAAAGUCAGUGGAAAGAACAUCCAGUGUCAGUUUGCUGCCACAGUACCAGACUCUACUAGCACCACAACUAGAGCAGACACAAGCACUACAAGUUUCUCAAUCACCACCCAACACAACUGCAGCUCCAACAACACCUGCCCACUGGUGCCUGACACUAAUGUGACAAUUCUUAAUGCCUCUAUUACUAGAACUGAAUGUGGCAGGAAACAGCUGUGUGCAGCUCAGCCCUCUGGCUGUGACCCCUCAAACGGGACAUGUUUCUUCCUUGGUGCCCAAGCGCUUGGAGGUCAAAAUUUUAUGUUUGACCUUGCAGGAGAAUCAGACGGCUACAUUGCUGCCACCCUGUCACGUAACACACAGGGAGUCAAUGACACAACCUACAUCUGUGCAAAUAACAAUGGUGUAGUCAAAUUCUUCAGUGCUCUUCUGAACAACGGCAAGCUGACUCGCACACCGCUUAAAGUCAACAAUGUGAGGGGCAAAGUCAGUGGAAAGAACAUCCAGUGUCAGUUUGCUGCCACAGUACCAGACUCUACUAGCACCACAACUAGAGCAGACACAAGCACUACAAGUUUCUCAAUGUCAGUCUCCACUGGAACUUACAAUGCCAGUUCUGAUGGUCUGGGAAGCCCUACUGCCAAGAUAACAACUGGUGUGGUAGACCUGGCAAAUGUUAAUGCCACUAUCAAUAAUCAGAUUAAUUCCAACACCACAGCACCACCCAACACAACUGCAGCUCCAACAACACCUGCCCCACUGGUGCCUGACACUAAUGUGACAAUUCUUAAUGCCUCUAUUACUAGAACUGAAUGUGGCAGGAAACAGCUGUGUGCAGCUCAGCCCUCUGGCUGUGACCCCUCAAACGGGACAUGUUUCUUCCUUGGUGCCCAAGCGCUUGGAGGUCAAAAUUUUAUGUUUGACCUUGCAGGAGAAUCAGACGGCUACAUUGCUGCCACCCUGUCACGUAACACACAGGGAGUCAAUGACACAACCUACAUCUGUGCAAAUAACAAUGGUGUAGUCAAAUUCUUCAGUGCUCUUCUGAACAACGGCAAGCUGACUCGCACACCGCUUAAAGUCAACAAUGUGAGGGGCAAAGUCAGUGGAAAGAACAUCCAGUGUCAGUUUGCUGCCACAGUACCAGACUCUACUAGCACCACAACUAGAGCAGACACAAGCACUACAAGUUUCUCAAUGUCAGUCUCCACUGGAACUUACAAUGCCAGUUCUGAUGGUCUGGGAAGCCCUACUGCCAAGAUAACAACUGGUGUGGUAGACCUGGCAAAUGUUAAUGCCACUAUCAAUAAUCAGAUUAAUUCCAACACCACAGCACCACCCAACACAACUGCAGCUCCAACAACACCUGCCCCACUGGUGCCUGACACUAAUGUGACAAUUCUUAAUGCCUCUAUUACUAGAACUGAAUGUGGCAGGAAACAGCUGUGUGCAGCUCAGCCCUCUGGCUGUGACCCCUCAAACGGGACAUGUUUCUUCCUUGGUGCCCAAGCGCUUGGAGGUCAAAAUUUUAUGUUUGACCUUGCAGGAGAAUCAGACGGCUACAUUGCUGCCACCCUGUCACGUAACACACAGGGAGUCAAUGACACAACCUACAUCUGUGCAAAUAACAAUGGUGUAGUCAAAUUCUUCAGUGCUCUUCUGAACAACGGCAAGCUGACUCGCACACCGCUUAAAGUCAACAAUGUGAGGGGCAAAGUCAGUGGAAAGAACAUCCAGUGUCAGUUUGCUGCCACAGUACCAGACUCUACUAGCACCACAACUAGAGCAGACACAAGCACUACAAGUUUCUCAAUGUCAGUCUCCACUGGAACUUACAAUGCCAGUUCUGAUGGUCUGGGAAGCCCUACUGCCAAGAUAACAACUGGUGUGGUAGACCUGGCAAAUGUUAAUGCCACUAUCAAUAAUCAGAUUAAUUCCAACACCACAGCACCACCCAACACAACUGCAGCUCCAACAACACCUGCCCCACUGGUGCCUGACACUAAUGUGACAAUUCUUAAUGCCUCUAUUACUAGAACUGAAUGUGGCAGGAAACAGCUGUGUGCAGCUCAGCCCUCUGGCUGUGACCCCUCAAACGGGACAUGUUUCUUCCUUGGUGCCCAAGCGCUUGGAGGUCAAAAUUUUAUGUUUGACCUUGCAGGAGAAUCAGACGGCUACAUUGCUGCCACGCUGUCACGUAACACACAGGGAGUCAAUGACACAACCUACAUCUGUGCAAAUAACAAUGGUGUAGUCAAAUUCUUCAGUGCUCUUCUGAACAACGGCAAGCUGACUCGCACACCGCUUAAAGUCAACAAUGUGAGGGGCAAAGUCAGUGGAAAGAACAUCCAGUGUCAGUUUGCUGCCACAGUACCAGACUCUACUAGCACCACAACUAGAGCAGACACAAGCACUACAAGUUUCUCAAUGUCAGUCUCCACUGGAACUUACAAUGCCAGUUCUGAUGGUCUGGGAAGCCCUACUGCCAAGAUAACAACUGGUGUGGUAGACCUGGCAAAUGUUAAUGCCACUAUCAAUAAUCAGAUUAAUUCCAACACCACAGCACCACCCAACACAACUGCAGCUCCAACAACACCUGCCCCACUGGUGCCUGACACUAAUGUGACAAUUCUUAAUGCCUCUAUUACUAGAACUGAAUGUGGCAGGAAACAGCUGUGUGCAGCUCAGCCCUCUGGCUGUGACCCCUCAAACGGGACAUGUUUCUUCCUUGGUGCCCAAGCGCUUGGAGGUCAAAAUUUUAUGUUUGACCUUGCAGGAGAAUCAGACGGCUACAUUGCUGCCACCCUGUCACGUAACACACAGGGAGUCAAUGACACAACCUACAUCUGUGCAAAUAACAAUGGUGUAGUCAAAUUCUUCAGUGCUCUUCUGAACAACGGCAAGCUGACUCGCACACCGCUUAAAGUCAACAAUGUGAGGGGCAAAGUCAGUGGAAAGAACAUCCAGUGUCAGUUUGCUGCCACAGUACCAGACUCUACUAGCACCACAACUAGAGCAGACACAAGCACUACAAGUUUCUCAAUGUCAGUCUCCACUGGAACUUACAAUGCCAGUUCUGAUGGUCUGGGAAGCCCUACUGCCAAGAUAACAACUGGUGUGGUAGACCUGGCAAAUGUUAAUGCCACUAUCAAUAAUCAGAUUAAUUCCAACACCACAGCACCACCCAACACAACUGCAGCUCCAACAACACCUGCCCCACUGGUGCCUGACACUAAUGUGACAAUUCUUAAUGCCUCUAUUACUAGAACUGAAUGUGGCAGGAAACAGCUGUGUGCAGCUCAGCCCUCUGGCUGUGACCCCUCAAACGGGACAUGUUUCUUCCUUGGUGCCCAAGCGCUUGGAGGUCAAAAUUUUAUGUUUGACCUUGCAGGAGAAUCAGACGGCUACAUUGCUGCCACCCUGUCACGUAACACACAGGGAGUCAAUGACACAACCUACAUCUGUGCAAAUAACAAUGGUGUAGUCAAAUUCUUCAGUGCUCUUCUGAACAACGGCAAGCUGACUCGCACACCGCUUAAAGUCAACAAUGUGAGGGGCAAAGUCAGUGGAAAGAACAUCCAGUGUCAGUUUGCUGCCACAGUACCAGACUCUACUAGCACCACAACUAGAGCAGACACAAGCACUACAAGUUUCUCAAUGUCAGUCUCCACUGGAACUUACAAUGCCAGUUCUGAUGGUCUGGGAAGCCCUACUGCCAAGAUAACAACUGGUGUGGUAGACCUGGCAAAUGUUAAUGCCACUAUCAAUAAUCAGAUUAAUUCCAACACCACAGCACCACCAACACAACUGCAGCUCCAACAACACCUGCCCCACUGGCCUCUAUUACUAGAACUGAAUGUGGCAGGAAACAGCUGUGUGCAGCUCAGCCCUCUGGCUGUGACCCCUCAAACGGGACAUGUUUCUUCCUUGGUGCCCAAGCGCUUGGAGGGAGUCAAUGACACAACCUACAUCUGUGCAAAUAACAAUGGUGUAGUCAAAUUCUUCAGUGCUCUUCUGAACAACGGCAAGCUGACUCGCACACCGCUUAAAGUCAACAAUGUGAGGGGCAAAGUCAGUGGAAAGAACAUCCAGUGUCAGUUUGCUGCCACAGCCGAUCUCGACCACCAGGGGAAGAGUCACUUGGAUGAGAACCUGGGGUGCCGCCAGCAUCCCCUGCCCCAGCGGCUGCUGGAGUGGGCGGGCGGUACGGUGAGAGCCUCUCCUGGUACAACACCGCCACGCGCCCUGGGCCCGGCAUGCGGAUCCGGCUCUUUUCUGUCGUACUCCGGCGCUGAACUGGGCCUGGCGGGUGUAGUCAUGAACCACUCGCGGCCGCUCCCUCAGCCUCCUGUAGCAGUCCCUGGCCACCAACACGCUCCGGUACCCUGCCUCGGGGACGGGGAAAGGCCCUAG